AUGGCCUCCGCAACCACUUUCUUCGACUUUGAGCCCAAGGAUAAAAAGGGCGAACCCUUCCCUCUCGCCUCACUGAAGGGCAAGGUCGUGCUCGUCGUCAACACCGCCUCAAAAUGUGGCUUCACCCCCCAGUUUGAAGGUCUUGAGAAGCUUUAUCAGGACCUGAAGAAACGCUUCCCAGAAGACUUCACCAUACUCGGCUUCCCCUGCAACCAGUUCGGCAGCCAAGACCCCGGUUCCAACGACGAGAUCCAGUCCUUCUGCCAACUCAACUACGGCGUCACAUUCCCCGUUCUGGGCAAAGUUGAUGUGAAUGGUGGUGAAGCCGCGCCUGUCUUCAACUGGCUCAAGGAACAACAGUCCGGUCUUAUUGGACUCAAGAGAGUUAAGUGGAACUUUGAGAAGUUCCUUGUAACACCUGAAGGCAAGGUCGCCGGCCGUUGGUCUUCUCUUACUAAGCCUGAUGCUUUGGAGGAACCCAUUGUGAAGGAGAUUGAGAAGGCUAAGGCUAAGGGUCUCUUGGCUUCUCAAAAGAAAGCUACCGAGACCACUGCGGCUGCUGAGGCCACUGAGGCCCCUGUUGCAUCUGCUUAA